UUGCCGCGUUUUCGAUUGCUUCAAGGACUUGCUCCUGGUGGGAUUCGAGGACUGCAGCGACUACGAACUCCACGGGACAUUCUUCGUCUGCAACCCCCGUUCACGAAGCAGUGGGUUUGCCUCCCUUUAGCGCCCAAAAGGUUUGGGGAUUGGUAUUGUUGUCUCACGAGACUGGUGUGCCUGCCCUGCAACUCUGUUUCUCUGGAUUUGGGCGACGGCGGUGAUGUGUACCGAUUUCGCGUGGUGCGUUUGUACAGCGAUCGGGUGGAUGUGUUCUGUUCGGAAUCUGGAAUCUGGACCUCGACGCCUACUGAACGGUUUGGCCGAUUCCCGCCCAGGGACGAAGCUGUAGCUUCGCACAACGGGAGGUUGUAUUGGAAGAAUUGGGACGGGAAAUUGGUCGAGUGGAAUCCUUUCGGCCCAUCACUGGAUGACGCAAACACUGCUUUGAUUGACGCUCCUGAGGCCGGCUCUUACCACCGCUCGUCAAUUUACACCUCUCAGGGUUGCUUGCACAUGAUCUCCUCGGAUUCCCCGGAUGCAUUCAGCGUUUGGAGAUGGGAGGAAGAAGAAGAAGAAGAAGAAGAAGAAGAAGAAGAAGAAGAAGGAGACCGGAACAGGGGUUGGAGGAGAAGUUACAGAGCGUUGUUAGGCACCAAUGCCGAUUCCUUUUUCAUGCCAAUUAGAUUGAGAGUGUUCGUCAGGAAAGUUAAAACUUAA